UAUAGUGCACAUUACCACCUUCAAAACUGGUCUGCAAAUCAAAUGGAACCGCCACGCGACCACCACCACCAACAAGAAGAAGAGCCAUCAAGACUCUCUCAGCCACACACAACCUGCCCCAGCUGCGGCGGACCCACUCGUUUCCCUCCUCCGCCGAACAUAUCCGCCACCCCUUCUUACAUCCCCAUCCGAUUCCCUGCCGUCAACCUCCCCAACCCACCAACAAACAGUAAAGAGGCCAUCAUCCGUACUCCGGUCCCGCAACCCCAAAAAGUUGAUCCCAUUUCCCCACCCUACCACUUCACCACCCCGUCGAAGAUAAUCCGCUCCCAAGACGACAUCGUUUGGUUCCACUCCUCCCCCAUUUUUCACAAUUUUCUCGGCUUUGUUGUUUCACUUUCCGAGUCUAUCAAAUCCCACAAGCUUUCAGAUCCCUGCCAUGUUUCUUCGACCAUCGAAGUCAUCAUUUCGAUUCUUCAGACUCUGAGUGAUUAUGUAGAUGAAAUCCCGCCGGCCCCUCAAUCCUCUCGGUAUGGGAAUGUUGCUUAUCGCGCGUGGCACGAGAGAAUUAGCUCAGAUGCUGAGUCUUUUAUGCUGACAUUCCUUCCGCCGGAUCUUCACGGUGCCACUGUGGAACUCGUGCCUUAUUUCACUGAUAGCUUUGGCAACUCUAGCCGCAUUGAUUAUGGUACUGGUCAUGAGACAAAUUUUGCAGCGUGGUUGUAUUGUUUAGCAAGAUUGGGCAUUGUUAAAGAAGAGGAUUAUCCGGCAUUGGUUGCAAGAGUGUUUGUCAAGUACAUGGACCUGAUGAGAAAAUUGCAACUUACAUACUCUUUAGAGCCUGCAGGAUCCCACGGUGUGUGGGGACUUGAUGACUAUCAUUUCUUACCAUUUAUAUUUGGGUCAUCACAGUUAAUUGACCACAAGCAUAUGAAGCCAAAGUCAAUUCAUAAUGAUGAUAUUUUGGAGAAUUUUGCAAAUGAGUAUCUGUAUCUAUCAUGUAUUGUAUUUGUGAAGAAAGCAAAGAAGGGUUUAUUUGCUGAACAUUCACCAUUGUUGGAUGACAUUAGCGGUGUUCCUACUUGGAAUAAGGUGAACAGUGGGAUGCUCAAGAUGUAUAAAGUGGAAGUUUUGGAGAAGGUUCCUAUUAUGCAGCAUUUUCUAUUUGGCUCAAUCAUCAAAUGGGUCUGAAAGGUUGUUGGACGGUCUAUGUGAAGUGAGAAAAAAGUUCUUGGUACUAGUUUCUUUUCAUUUUUCCUUCUCCUACACAAAUUUAACCGAUCUUUUCUUGUGCAAAUCUGAUAUAGUUGAAAUUAAGCAGUAGGUAGUGGGUGGAUGCAGUGUAUUAAUUUUACAAUCUUGAAUGUAUUGAAUAUGUUAAGACUGAUAUUGAUGUGGCCUCAUCGCCAUAAUUCAGUGUUGUUUCAAAUAUAGAAUUAUAUAGGGUGUUUGGUAGGGAUUAAAAUCAAAUAUUAAUCUCCCCAAACAAGUUCUUAA